UGGCGAAGAAGAAAAUGCCCAGACAGCCCAGCUGAUUACAGAUUGUUGGUAGUGGUAUCCGAGAUCCCGUGUAGACAAUGGAGACUCUAACACAAGGGAAAGUGUGUACGGAGGACAUUGCAAGAUACAUGGUCGUAGUUUCAGAUUUCAUCAAAACACAUCCUAGGACUAGUUUUUAUGGCGCAGGAGCGUUCGCCAUCACGGUGCUUUCUUACGCUUUCGGGAAAGAUGUGAAGCAAAGAAUCUUCGUCUGGAUCAACAGCAAGGCUGACCAGAUCAAGGACCCGAAAUACGAGGAGUACCGCAAGCAAUUGGUUGCUCCCCUGACUGACCUCGAAUCACACGAUCCUGAACUCCGGAAAGAGAAAAGCAUCAGGAUUCUGGAAAUUGGCGUAGGAUGUGGUAAUAACCUCAAGAACUACCCGGAAGGCUCCCACCUCGUUUUAGUGGAUCCUAAUCCACACUUCGGCAAAUAUUUCACAGAAAAGCUGACGGGAAACCUCAAGAUCAAACCAGAAGAUAUCAUCGUGUCCAAGGGAGAGGAAAUGGACAUGGUACCAGACGCGAGCAUAGACGCGGUUGUCGUGUCCUUGGUGCUUUGUAGUGUCACCGACGUUGCCAAAGUUAUGCAGCAAGUGUAUAGGGUCUUGGUGCCUGGCGGGAAAUUCCUCUUCAUCGAGCACGUCCGUGAAUGGGACGCGAAGAAGUACAGAGCACGUCGCGCCCUACAGUCUCUCCUGACGGUGACGAGAAUAUGGCCUUUCCUCUUCGAGGGCUGCACUCUCAACAGAGAUCCUCUCCCUGUUAUAAAAGCAGCCGGAUUUUCGCAAGUGGAGGUCGAGUAUUUUUAUGCUCCUAUUCUUUAUACACUGUUCAAAUUGUGCUCUCCACACGUCAUUGGUGAGGCCACCAAGUGAAUCGAAUCAAGUCCUGCGAGAAUCUUUCUGUUAGAAAAUGCUAUAUCGCAUUGCUUACUACUAACUGACAUUCCCAAAUUACUUCCUAGGGUCUUAUGAUACUCUUGUGUCACACAACAUUUGUUUACAAUAAUAAUAGGAUUUAUUUAGGCUAUGCUGAGCGGUUUUUAAUGAAAAUACGUAAUUGAUUUUGUUGAUUAUGAUACCCUCCGCAACUUAUUCUCAUUUUCUUCUAGUACAAAAAGACAGCUUGAUAAGUUCGUUCAGUAUUUUCAUGCAAAGUGCACCACGAUUUCUCUCUGUCUCAUUUGUUCUGUAUAGACAACUGCCGCAGCAUUUUAUGUAAAACAAAAUGUUUUAUCAGUUAUUACUCUUUAUGAACUCGUCCGGCCUUGAAAUUCUCGGGAAAAAAAAAAAGCCGCGAAUAAUAAAUUUUGAUGACCAUGUCUCACUAUGACAUUUAAUUGCCAUGUUGCAGUCAACUGCUUUCGAAGAUUUGACAGCUAUUCGGUCUCAUAUUUAUAUGAUUAUGAAUAAUGAAUAAUUUAAGGCAUAAGUUUCAAUGUACUUGCGGCUGUAUGCAAAGGGACUUUCAUAAAAUGAGUAUAUCACGUUCCAUAUAACAAAAUGCCAGCAUGUAGCUAUAUCCUCAAUCAAUAGUCUUCCUUUUAUAUUUUGUUAAAUAAAUAAACAUUAUCUCAGAAAAUAUAACAAAUAAACUGUAAGUUGUACUUUGUACCUAAACUAUUAUAUCUGCAGUCUUCCAGCUAUCUUACUUGCCUAAAAAAAUAUUUUGCUGAAAAAUCGAAAAUUUAAUGACUUGAACAAACAUUCUAUGCUAGACUUAUGGUCUGUCCACACUAAGGGGCAUGCCCGUCGGGCACUUCCAGCUGUUUAUAUUUUCUCUGGCUUCUGAAGCAGUGCUACCAGACAGCUGCAGCGUUCUGGCUCCAUACUCUGUUGGUCAGUAUAGUCGAACAGGUUAUGGGAACAGUGUUUGCCCGUCAGGCAGUGCCCAAUAGUGUGGACAGGGCUUUACUACGCAUUGCAUAACAUGCACGUGCUACGAUCACUUCAAUAACAGCAGAAAGCUACAAAAUAAAGGUAUUG